CAUAUAUUGAAAAAAAAAAGAAUAAUAUAAAACAAACUAUCCUUUAACUGCUACCCAGUUAACAUAGAAAUUAUCCAUGCCUUCUGGGGCUCUCUGCUUACACUACCCUCUCAAACAGGUAACAACAACAUUGAGUUUUACGUUGUUCUGAAGUGUCUUCUGUAAAUAUCUUUCAUUUAGGAAUUAAAUAUUUUUAAAAAUAUUGUGGAUAAUUUCAUCUUGCUUAACAUAACUGUAAUGCAAAUAGCCCUUUAAAAUUAUAUUUUGAUUUACUUAUUUAUGUUAAAAAGGGUUUUGUCUGCAUACAAGCAGUUACUUAAAAGGCAGCAUGGUUUCAAAUCUGUAAGUUAGGAAACUUUAUUAGUUUCAGGAGUUUCAAAGAUCCGGAAGAAGGGAAUCGUAAGGAAGAGGAAAAGGAUUUCAAGUGAAUCAAGGAAGUUACUCACUGGUGUGCUGUUUCUUUUUCUUUACUAGGAAAAAGAGAACAAAGAGGUAGGAUUGAAAACCAGCCCUUAAGUGUUCUUGGCAGAAUCAGUACCACCAAUGAGUAGCUAAAAGACUGAAGUAUGGCUUAAAAGUUUUUAUGACGGGGGUGCCUGGGUGGCUCAGUCAGUUAAGCGUCAGGCUUCGGCUCAGGUCGUGAUCUCAACGGUUUGUGGGUUCGAGCCCCGUUUCUGGCUCUGUGCUGACAGCUCGGAGCCUGGAACCUGCUUCGGAUUUUGUGUUGCCUUCUCUCUCUCUCUCUCUCUCUCUCUCUCUCUCUGCCCCUCCGCCACUUGCUUUUGGUCUCUCUCUCUCUCAAAUAAACAUUAAAAAAAAAUUUUUUUUUAAUGAAGUUUUAUGACAGCACAUUUCCUAUAGGUUACAAAGUGUUUAUUUUAACCAUGUUUUUGAGUGGUGAAGACUACUUCAGAGGUCAUAUCCUGUGUCUCGUCAUUGUCUUUAUUGCUGAGCCCCUGAAACCUGAAUCUGGUUCACAUGCCACUGAUUUCCGUUUUCUUGGUAGAGUUUGUGUGUAGACUUUCAUCUUUUAGGAACUGUAAUCCUCAUAAUUCCUAGUUUUAAAUGGGUAAGGAGAGUUUUGAGCAAUGUCUGUGAUGUAAUUUGGGGGGGGUGAUUAUGUGCAUACGCAUACACGCACACGUGAAGUAUGCGUACGCAUAAAAAUGCCUGUGUCUACCUUGACAGUUGAUACAUGUAGGGAAUAGCCUUUAGAUGACGGGUGCCUUGGCUAAGAGUGUGGGCUCUGGAGUUAAACUCUCCAAGUCCACAUCCUGGAUUGCCACUAGCUAGCUGUCUAUACAGCCUUGGGUAAGUUAUUUAACCUCUUUGUGAUAGUGUCUCUAUCUAUACGGUGGCAGUAAUGAAACCUCUAUGUGCUUUAGUGGCUGGGAGGAUGAAAUAGGUUAGUACACAGGAAGGUCUCAGAGCUUAGAGUAAGUGCUCCAUGAGUGUUGGCUAUUAUUUAAAUCUUGUCCCUAGUGCCUUUUAGUUAGAAGCACACUUCUUUGCUUAGGUUGCCAUUUGUGUGUGGGGAGAUGUUCUUUCUAGAACUAUGUCUGCUUGUCACAUGAUUAUGUGCAGUGUGAGCCUUAUUAAUACUCUGUCAGCAUUUGAGGUUUGAACAUAAGUUGUGGGGCCAUACCCAGUGGAAUCCAGCGCGAGAGAGAACUAAGCACCGUAGCAACUGUUGCUAUUUAUGUCCUGAGCAGCAGCUGCCCUGGACAGAUUUAUUUUUAAUCCUGAUCUCACUGAUAGCCUGGGAUGUGGCCAUGCCUUCCAGAGAAGCAGAUUGGUUGAGAUGUCUGGUCUUUGAGGAGAUUUCGUGACCACAUGUUAUAAAGAUUCUAUUCCAUGUGAAAUAUGAGACGCUGAAGCUUUGUAUGUAAGAGAAAGGAAGAGAGGCGAAACUUCAGCAUUCAGUCAGUCCCCAAAGUAGAGUGUGACUGGAUUAAUCACUCGAGAAAUAUUUUCACUGUCGGCAGUAAGGCUUCGUGCUUUGCAGUCAAGAAGUAUUAUUAACCCAAAGAACCCAAAGGAAGCUCCAAAGUCCUUCAGUUUCGACUACUCCUACUGGUCGCACACCUCGCCUGAAGAUCCCUGUUUUGCAUCUCAAAACCGCGUGUACAAUGACAUUGGAAAGGAAAUGCUCUUACAUGCCUUUGAGGGCUAUAAUGUCUGUAUUUUUGCCUACGGGCAGACUGGUGCUGGGAAAUCUUAUACAAUGAUGGGUAAACAAGAAGAAAGCCAGGCUGGCAUCAUUCCACAGUUGUGUGAAGAACUGUUCGAGAAAAUCAACGACAACUGUAAUGAAGAAAUGUCUUACUCUGUAGAGGUGAGCUACAUGGAAAUUUACUGUGAAAGAGUACGAGACCUGCUAAAUCCAAAAAAUAAGGGUCAUUUGCGUGUGCGUGAACAUCCGCUUCUUGGCCCAUAUGUGGAGGAUCUGUCCAAGCUGGCAGUCACUUCCUACACAGACAUUGCUGACCUCAUGGAUGCUGGGAACAAAGCCAGGACAGUGGCAGCUACCAACAUGAAUGAAACAAGUAGCCGUUCCCAUGCUGUGUUUACCAUUGUUUUCACCCAGAAGAAACAUGAUACUGAGACCAACCUUUCCACUGAGAAGGUCAGUAAAAUCAGCUUGGUGGAUCUGGCAGGAAGUGAACGAGCUGAUUCCACUGGUGCCAAAGGGACUCGAUUAAAGGAAGGAGCAAAUAUUAAUAAGUCUCUUACAACUCUGGGCAAAGUCAUUUCAGCCUUGGCAGAGGUGAGUAAGAAGAAAAAGAAAACUGAUUUUAUUCCCUACAGGGAUUCUGUACUUACUUGGCUCCUUCGGGAAAAUCUAGGUGGUAAUUCUCGGACUGCAAUGGUUGCUGCUCUGAGCCCAGCAGAUAUCAACUAUGAUGAAACUUUGAGCACUUUGAGAUAUGCAGAUCGUGCAAAGCAAAUUAAAUGCAAUGCUGUUAUCAACGAGGACCCCAAUGCCAAACUGGUUCGUGAAUUAAAGGAGGAGGUGACGCGGCUGAAGGACCUUCUUCGCGCUCAGGGACUGGGAGAUAUUAUCGAUACGUCCAUGGGGUCUCUUACUUCAUCUCCAUCUUCCUGCUCACUCAGUAGUCAGGUGGGCUUAACAUCUGUGACCAGUAUUCAGGAGAGGAUCAUGUCUACACCUGGAGGAGAGGAAGCCAUUGAACGCCUAAAGGAAUCGGAGAAGAUCAUUGCCGAGCUGAAUGAAACCUGGGAAGAGAAGCUGCGUAAAACAGAGGCCAUCAGAAUGGAGAGAGAGGCCUUGUUGGCCGAGAUGGGAGUUGCCAUUCGAGAAGACGGAGGAACCCUGGGAGUUUUCUCACCGAAGAAGACCCCACAUCUUGUUAACCUCAAUGAAGACCCACUCAUGUCCGAGUGCCUGCUUUAUUACAUCAAAGAUGGAAUUACCAGGGUUGGCCAAGCAGAUGCUGAGCGGCGCCAGGACAUCGUGCUGAGUGGGGCUCACAUUAAAGAAGAACAUUGUAUCUUCCGGAGCGAGAGAAACAACAGUGGGGACGUUAUCGUGACCCUAGAGCCCUGUGAACGCUCAGAGACCUAUGUAAAUGGCAAGAGGGUGGCCCAGCCCGUUCAGCUGCGCUCAGGAAACCGUAUCAUCAUGGGUAAAAAUCAUGUGUUUCGUUUCAACCACCCGGAGCAAGCACGGGCAGAGCGAGAGAAGACUCCUUCUGCGGAGACCCCCUCUGAGCCUGUGGACUGGACGUUUGCCCAGAGAGAACUUCUGGAAAAACAAGGGAUUGAUAUGAAGCAGGAGAUGGAGAAAAGGCUACAGGAGAUGGAGAUCCUGUACAAAAAGGAGAAAGAAGAAGCAGAUCUUCUUUUGGAGCAGCAGAGACUGGACUAUGAGAGUAAGUUGCAGGCCUUGCAGAAGCAAGUUGAGACCCGCUCCCUCGCUGCCGAGACAACGGAAGAGGAGGAAGAGGAGGAAGAAGUUCCUUGGACACAACAUGAAUUUGAGCUGGCCCAGUGGGCCUUCCGGAAAUGGAAGUCUCACCAGUUUACUUCAUUAAGGGACUUACUCUGGGGCAAUGCUGUUUACCUGAAGGAGGCCAACGCCAUCAGUGUGGAACUGAAGAAGAAGGUGCAGUUCCAGUUCGUUCUGCUGACCGACACCUUGUACUCCCCUCUGCCUCCGGAGUUACUUCCCACCGAGGUGGACAAAACUCACGAAGACAGGCCUUUCCCGCGGACGGUGGUGGCGGUCGAAGUGCAGGAUCUGAAGAACGGAGCGACGCAUUAUUGGUCUUUGGAGAAACUCAAGCAGAGGCUGGAUUUGAUGCGAGAGAUGUAUGACAGAGCAGGUGAGGUGGCCUCUGGUGCCCAGGAUGAAAGCGAAGCCACCGUGACUGGCAGCGAUCCAUUUUAUGAUCGAUUCCAUUGGUUCAAAUUGGUAGGAAGCUCCCCCAUUUUCCACGGCUGUGUGAACGAGCGCCUUGCGGACCGCACGCCCUCCCCCACUUUUUCCACGGCCGACUCCGACGUCACUGAGCUGGCUGACGAGCAGCAAGACGACAUGGAGGAUUUUGAGGACGAGGCGCUCGUGGACGACACCGGCUCUGACGCAGGGACGGAGGAGGGAUCAGAGCUCUUCAGUGACGGGCAUGACCCGUUUUACGACCGAUCCCCGUGGUUCAUUUUAGUGGGAAGGGCAUUUGUUUACCUGAGCAACCUGCUGUAUCCUGUGCCCCUGAUUCACAGGGUGGCCAUUGUCAGUGAGAAGGGUGAAGUGCGGGGAUUUCUGCGUGUGGCUGUGCAGGCCAUUGCAGCGGAUGAGGAAGCUCCUGAUUAUGGCUCUGGAAUUCGACAAUCAGGAACAGCUAAAAUAUCUUUUGAUAACGAGUACUUUAACCAGAAUGACUUUUCUUCCGUGGCAAUGACUCGUUCUGGUCUGUCUCUGGAGGAACUGAGGAUUGUGGAAGGGCAGGGUCAGAGUUCUGAGGUCAUCACUCCUCCAGAAGAAAUCAAUCGAAUGAAUGACUUGGAUUUGAAGUCAAGCACUUUGCUGGAUGGUAAGAUGGUCAUGGAAGGGUUUUCUGAAGAGAUUGGCAACCACCUGAAACUGGGCAGCGCCUUCACUUUCCGCGUGACAGUGCUACAGGCCAGUGGGAUCCUUCCGGAGUACGCAGACAUCUUCUGUCAGUUCAACUUUUUGCAUCGCCAUGAUGAAGCGUUCUCCACCGAACCCCUCAAAAACAACGGCAGAGGAAGUCCUCUGGGCUUUUAUCACGUGCAGAAUAUUGCAGUGGAGGUCACGGAAUCAUUCGUGGACUAUAUCAAAACCAAGCCGAUAGUAUUUGAAGUCUUUGGGCAUUAUCAGCAGCACCCGCUUCAUCUGCAAGGACAGGACCUUAACAGCCCGCCUCAGCCAUCUCGACGCUUCUUCCCUCCGCCCAUGCCGCUCUCCAAGCCAGUUCCAGCUACCAAGUUAAACACCAUGAGCAAAACCAGCCUUGGCCAGAGCAUGAGCAAGUACGAUCUUCUGGUUUGGUUUGAGAUCAGUGAACUGGAGCCUACAGGAGAGUACAUCCCAGCCGUGGUUGACCACACAGCGGGCUUGCCCUGCCAGGGGACAUUUUUGCUUCACCAGGGCAUCCAGCGAAGGAUCACGGUGACCAUUAUCCAUGAGAAGGGGAGUGAGCUCCAUUGGAAGGAUGUUCGUGAGCUGGUGGUAGGCCGGAUCAGGAACAAGGCUGAAGUGGAUGAGGCUGCGGUCGAUGCUAUCCUCUCCCUAAAUAUUAUCUCUGCCAAGUACCUGAAGUCCUCCCACAACUCCAGCAGGACCUUCUACCGUUUCGAGGCCGUGUGGGACAGCUCCCUCCAUAACUCUCUCCUUCUGAACCGAGUGACACCCUAUGGGGAAAAGAUCUACAUGACCUUGUCAGCAUACCUAGAGCUGGAUCAUUGCAUCCAGCCGGCGGUCAUCACCAAAGAUGUGUGCAUGGUCUUCUACUCCCGGGACGCCAAGAUCUCGCCGCCACGCUCUCUGCGCAGCCUCUUUGGCAGCGGCUACUCGAAGUCACCGGACUCCAAUCGUGUCACUGGAAUUUAUGAACUCAGUUUAUGCAAAAUGGCAGACACGGGUAGUCCAGGCAUGCAGAGAAGGAGAAGAAAAAUCUUGGAUACGUCAGUGGCCUACGUGCGGGGAGAAGAGAACUUAGCAGGCUGGCGGCCCCGCGGGGACAGCCUCAUCCUUGAGCACCAGUGGGAGUUGGAGAAGCUGGAGCUCCUUCACGAGGUGGAGAAAACUCGCCACUUCCUGCUGCUGCGCGAGAGACUUGGUGACAGCAUCCCCAAAUCCCUGAGUGACUCACUGUCCCCCAGCCUCAGCAGUGGGACCCUCAGCACCUCUACCAGCAUCUCCUCUCAGAUCUCUACCACCACCUUUGAAAGUGCCAUCACCCCCAGCGAGAGCAGCGGCUACGACUCCACGGACAUCGAAAGCCUGGUGGAUCGAGAGAAGGAGCUGGCUACCAAGUGCCUGCAACUUCUCACGCACACUUUCAACCGGGAAUUCAGCCAGCUGCAUGGCAGCAUCAGUGACUGUAAGCUGUCUGAUAUCUCUCCUCUCGGACGGGAUCCGUCCGUGUCCAGCUUCAGCAGCGCCACCCUCACUCCCUCCUCCACCUGCCCUUCUCUGGUAGAAGCUCGGAGCAACUCUCAGGAGCAGAAGACCCCAGAAGCCAAUUCCCGGGCCUCUAGUCCCUGCCCAGAAUUUGAACAGUUUCAGAUUGUCCCAACUGUGGAAACACCCUAUUUGGCCCGCGCAGGAAAAAAUGAAUUUCUCAAUCUUGUUCCAGAUAUUGAAGAAAUUAGACCAGGCUCAGUGGUCUCUAAGAAAGGAUACCUGCAUUUCAAGGAACCGCUUUAUAGCAACUGGGCUAAACAUUUCGUCGUGGUCCGUCGCCCUUAUGUCUUCAUCUAUAACAGCGACAAAGACCCAGUGGAGCGUGGCAUCAUUAACCUGUCCACAGCACAGGUGGAAUACAGUGAGGACCAGCAGGCCAUGGUGAAGACACCUAACAUCUUUGCUGUAUGCACGAAGCACCGUGGGGUCCUUCUACAGGCUCUCAAUGACAAAGACAUGAACGACUGGUUGUAUGCCUUUAACCCACUGCUUGCUGGCACGAUACGGUCGAAACUGUCCCGCAGGUGCCCGAGCGAACCGAAGUACUAAGUGACUCUGCCGAGCGCCCUCACUCGCCUUCGAGAGAUAAAGUCAGUGUUGCCCCUCACUUUUCUCUGUGAUUCUUGACGGCCCCUCUCGUGUGUAAGCCUGUGGCGUAACUGCUUUCCCUCCUGUCAACACUCUUUCUCGCUCUUCUGGUCCCCGUCUCCGUUGCUUUGUAUCCUUCUUUUUUCCUGUGCUGAGAAUCGUGGUAAUAGCACGUGGCCUAACAAAAGGGAGAAAAACAAACGAACAAACACAAACGACCCAGAAGGGCUCCGGUGAAUCUCCAAAUUAUUUUUUCGUGACUUUUGGCUUCCUUUUGUAUGAUGGGUCCCCAUAUGACCACCUGUGAUGUCUGUACUGCUGUCUUUGGAUAUCUUGGUCUGUUUUUUAAGACAACACAAUACCUUUUUUUCUUUUCUCUAUUUGUGAUAUCACUUUAAUUUUGGGGGGGUGGCUUCAGAGACUAAGGGAGGAAACAUCUGGCAUUUUUUUAAACCUAAAAGGAAAAAACUUACCUUUUCCCCUUCCCUCUCCUUUUGCCGUUGCUAAUCCCUGCAUUUUCCAUUCGGGGAAAAGGUUGUAGUGAGCUUGGAAAUGGCACAGGUGUGUUCUCUGAAAUUGGAGCUUCGUUAGAAUGUAGCUGUGCGGUUUUCUUUUAGUGGAAGAGAGAAGGGAGGACUUUGUAGCAGGCCUGGAACAGCGGGAAGGGAAAAGCCAAGGAUAUUGCCAGCACGGUUGAGAGGACCGUGGGAUCUGGCAACAGCUCAUGAAGGCGGACGGACGGUAGGAUGAGAGCAGUUCCUCAGAGCAGGAUUCCUGUGAACUGUUUUUCUCUCAGAAUUUCUCAUUUCUCUUCUUGGCAUUAGUGCCGGUGGUACAGUUUGGAAUUAGUGCAGCGUCAUACACCAAUGAUCCACAAGGGGGGAGCGACUCACCUUCUGGGGGUCACUGUUCCCAUCAUAAGUAUGGUGACGCCGAGCAGGGACCUUGUGAUCCUUGUAGCUCCCUUUGAUCGAACAAGCGUAACUUCAAGUGUAGACGCGAAGCCUCCCUCUGACUCCUGGGCAUUUUCAAUGAUCCUUGUCAAGUUGAAAAUACUUUCGGUAAUGCUUCUCCCCCCUGUAAUCAUAAAUACGCAGACACGGCAGGCUUUGCCUUCUGGAUCCCAGGAUUAAAACCACUCCCUUCCCACCACUAAAACAAAACAAGAGGACAUCCGGGGGCAGGGAGGAGGUGCGCCUGAGCCACGGCCCCAGUGGUUGGCUGCUGCCUCCGCCUGGCCUCUCCUCCUUGGUCAUCUUUGUCGGAUGUGGAAAUACUGCCGGAGGAGGAAGGAGGAAGCUCGCUGCUGCCCAUCUCCUUCCCUGACGGAUCAGGGUCGUCUGCAUCCAGAAGCCAUCACGGAAGAAGAUAGAUACUCUUUCUCUUUCCGCUGCCAGUUAAAGUUACGUUUUCUAGGAACGAGCUGGGGAAGAGAAGGCCUCCGGGUUACUCCAGCUGCUUUGCCAGUUGACCUGGGGUGUUUUGUACCAUCCUUCUUACCUCCCUCACACGAAGCUCUGACCACCCCUCGGGCGCUCAGGAAAGUAGCUGCCCUCUCCCACCUCGUGGAGACUGAGGGCCCCCAGCCGUGAAUUGCCGACUCUGUGGGGUCCGGCCGACUGUCUGCGUCAGGCAGGACGGGGGCAGGGGCUGGUGCACGGUUGGUGCUGUGGACCAGAGCCGGGCAGCACGCCGGCCACAGACCCUUGCUCCUGACUUCCCGGUUGGGCUCGUCUCUGAGAACAGGUCUCCCAGCUUCGGUACAAUUGCCUUGCCAAGGGGAGGAAAAGUGAAUCGUGGUGAGCUUAAAAGAAAGGAUAGAAAUCGCAGGCGGUGACCUUAGCUGAAAAGUGAUCAAUAAAAACUCUACAGUAGGUUUUUAACUUUUUUCCUCUCCUUAAACAUAGGUCAUUAACUGUGAUGUUACUUGUUUUCUAAGCGGUGUGUGAGAUUUUUAAUGUAGUUAGGGGUUCCUUCAUCGUCUAAUGGGCACGGUAUGCCCUUCUGGUGUAUACUCAAAUCCAGGAUCUGUCGGUGCUUAGAGACAGCUUCUGGACUGGAAUGAAAUCCAGUUGCAGGGAAAUGAUGAAAUUGGAAGAUGACUUUUAGUGAAGUCACAGGUGCCACUGCUGUUUGUCACAGAGUCUGACAGAGGGCCCUGGAUCUGUGACAGAGGGAGGUGGGGAGGGCUGAGGGAGAGUAAAAUCAUGUGACAAACUGAAAUGACGUUCGGUUUUUCUUCUAACUCAAAACAAAACUGGCUUGGAAAGUCUUUGCUUUGGAGGUGUCGGGUAUUAAGACAGGUAGGACCGGACCGUUCGUGACACCCCCCGGGUAAGAGGGCCUCCUGAGGAAGCAGGACGUGCGCGGCCCGCACGGUCUCAGGCAGGUGUGCUUCCCUCCAUCUGAGGACAGCCCUUAUUGGUGGCCCCUCUUCUUCCAGCGGCCCGUUUUCAGACCGAGUUGCAACAGUUUCGGGAUUAAUGUUCUCUUUCUGGGUAGGUGCAUCCCUACUGUGAAGCUGAGAGAGCAUUUAUGGCAGGAGCUACUUACGAGGCUUUAGCUGAAGCCACGGUGGCAGGAAAGUUGAUACUUAAGAUGAUAUUAAUAUUAGUAUUUAAGGAAACUACCUUGUAAGUAAGGGGUUUCUUUUGUGGUUUUUUUUUUUUUUCCCUAAAGCAUUCUUUUAAACAAGCAAAAAAAAAAAAAAAGAAAGAAAAAGCUCUUAUGCAAAUUAAGGAGAAAUGAGUUCCAGUUAGAAGUAAUCCUCUCUUCCCCUCCUUCCCCACCCUCCUUUCUCCUGCCAAAGCAAAAUUCGGCCUCACAGCCCACACCAAACCGGGACCCACAGCCUCUUCCCCUCUGUGCCUGCCUGGGGGUCAGCCAGCUCUCGGGCCAGGCCGUGCAGGGCCAGCCAGCCGUGCACACAGCCAGGGGCGUGGGGAAGGGCCGCUGCUGGCAGCUUGGGUGGUGGGCGCCCAGAUCCCAGCACGUCGUUACAGUGCUCGAGCGCUCACUGUGAGGGGAAGGGAAGCGAUUCCCACCCCCCCCCACCCCCCACUAAACGACCACUAUUGUUUUACUUUUCUUUUCCCUUCAGCUGCAUAGAACUUAAACAACUACUCAUAUUUUUGAUGGAUUUUUCUUUCAGCUCUUUUAAGAUGAAGGGAUAAGGUAAAAUCAUUGUGCAAGGUCUUUAAGGCUCUAAAAUUAAAAUGACUUCUCCUGGCACAUAUUUCAAAGCAAAGACUUUGUUGCCUGCUGCUUGUUCUAAUUUACAGGGAUAUUUAAUUUUGUAAGGUAUAUGUAUAUUUAUAGUGCUGUAAUUAAUUGCACAUUGGACUGGAAAAGAGCGGAUGACCCAGUGUGUGGCAGCUAUCGGUACUCUCCGUUUCCUCGUGCUGUGUUCCACACGGGUCUCCAGGACGGGAUCAGGGCUCGCUCGUUUGUCUCUUGGACUCGGGUCCUUCGUUUUUGCUUUGGGUUCCCUUAUUAAAAUGUGAUUGUUAACCUGCUCCUUAAAAGGAAAACACUAAUUCUGCUGCUGCUCGUGGAAGGUUUGCUGAAUGUAUUUUAAACAGGACUCUGGCCCGUACGCACUGCAGCUGUCCACUGUGGCCAGUGACGAUACACCCACGUGUGUGGCCAGACCUUUACUGUAUGUAGCAGGAACGUAUUGAUUUGUGCUUCCUUAGCAAAUUGAAAUGUCAGCUGAGAGAUUAUCUGCUGCUGUUGUUCAAAAGGCCAUUUAUGAAAGUCGUAUUUGAACCCCAUGAAACCUUAGGAAAGCUUGUGAUCAUUUAACGGAAAGAAUGAGAAUUGAUCCAAAUUUCAUGUUACAAGCUGUGCUCAGAAGGUCCGAGCUGAGGUUGGUCUCCUCCCAAACCCUGGCUGUUGUGUGUCGUCUCCGUGUGUCCGAGUUCCCUUUUUUCAGGCUGCACAUUCUGGCAUCUGUUCACCCGAGGAGUCCAUCGGCCUGCUCGCGUGCAAGGCGCCACCUGUCGGGGUCUCUCCUCGCCAUCCUCGUGCGCUGCAACAGAACCCAUGGAGCAUACGUGGCCUUUUUGAACCAAGACUUUGCAAACUGAUCUCUCCCCAGUAAGGAGUUGAGCACAUUAGCAACAAUGUACAUUAUUAAUUUCAGAUUUUCAUUUUCAUGUUUUAUUAUGUAAAUAUGAUCUGAUGUUUGGAGCUUGAGUAUACAGAAUGUAAAUAUAGUUCUUGUAUUUGUACUAAUUCUCGUUCUUUUGCUGUAUAGCCUUAGAUGUGCAAUGCAGACAUUAUCUAACUGUGUAUGGUAACCUUGCAUCACGGAACUAUUAGUGAACGAGGUAAAAAUAAUAAAGGUACAACCAGUGCAUCAGAAGGCUCCUGACAUGCAUUUAUUCUUGCAUCCUUUGAAAGGUAUUUACUUAAGAUUUCUCUUCUGGACUUGCAGAGAUAUGACCUUUCUAGGCCAAAAGUUACCAUGGUGUGACCAACACGUUCUUUUCGGAUCGUUCAAAGUAGGGUUAUCACAGAGCCCGGUGCUAUUUUUUUGUGCCGUUUCCCUGAAAGUGCCUUCCUCCCGAGUGUGGUCUGGGUUCUCCCGAAGCUCCUGUUUAUAUACCUACCAAUGAUUCUGCGGUGGCGGUGUGGUUUUUCUGGAGGGAGAAAGUGAAUUGUUCACCCCGUGUGCUUAAUUUAACGAAUUCCCGUUGGGAGCAGGGCAUGAGCAGGGACCCCUGUGCUGGUUGUUCGCGGACAGACAGGGCGGGGAGAAGCAGCGUUCAGGCGGAAGGCAGUGAUGCCGUGGUGGGAGGUGAUGACUCAGCAGCAAACAGAACGUGCCCUGGCACUCCCGCACCCUUGAGGAAGGACCUUUGUGACGAGUGUGGAAUGCGUAACGUCGAGCGCCCAGUGACAGAGCAAAUGGCAGCUGAGGGAGGGUGAGGAGGGGUGAGAGGGAGGCGUCCUUUCGGACCACGUGGUCAGAGAAGGCCUGUGCUGACAAGACGCUGGAGCGGACGCCUGAAUGAGGGGACACACACGCGUGUGAGCCCUGGGGGCAGCGGUGUGUCCCCGUAGGUUCCAAAGACGGCAGGGAGGCUGGUGUGGGCUAAGGGGGGGAGCACCCCGAACCCGCGGCCCCAGCAAGCAGCCAGGGCCCAGCGAGUGAACUAGGAAGCCAGUGAAGGGCUGGGGGAGAGGAGUCACGCGAUCCUUCUUGUUUCCAGAAGACCAUUCUAACUGCUGAGUGGGGAGCAGCCAGGGUGGCGUGCGGCUAGGGGGCCGGUGGAGGAAGGGAGACCGAAUAGGAAAUUGUCACCCCGGUGCUCCCCGGGGGAGCUGGCGGCCUGGACCCAGGUAGGAGCGGCGAAGGCGGGAGAUGUGGUCAGACCCUAACGGUUUGCUGAGGUGGCUCGGGACGUGCGCCUGAGGCCAGCCGGCAUGGCGACUGCCUGAGCUGAAGAAGAUUGCGAGAACGGUGGGGGGGGCGGGGCCGAAUUAAGGAUCUGGCUUCGGUCACGUUCACUUGGAGGUGCCCACGUUCCCACCUGACUGUCCAGUCGCUGAGGCCGUUGGGUCCAGGGCAGAGGAGGGGCCGCGGACGUACGCUUGGGGGUUGUCAGCGUGAGGAUGACAGAGAAAGGCGAGAGGCCAGGAGACCCGGGACUGAGUGGCGGGGCCUGCGAACCAAGGGUUGGGUCCCGGAGCACCGCGACCAGGAGUCCGGGGCGGGGGGCGGGGAAGAGGACAAUUCGGCCAAGACGAGGAAGCGGCCGCGGGGAGAGAGCGGCACGUGGUGACCAGGUUAAGGACGUGUUUGCAGAACCGUGUCCGGUGCAGCCGCCAGGUUAAGGGCAGACGGAGCAGCGACCACAGGUUUCGGCAACAGGGAGGUCCAGGCAGUUUGAGGGGGCCAGAGAAUACCGCCGCUGUUUCCCAAUUUCAGAGCCAACCGAGAAACGAAUAAGGCACGUGGCAGGUCAGUCUUGUUGACGAUUAGAGGUGCGAUUAGAGAAUGUGAGGGCUAGAGGGUCGGCGAGCUUGGACUUCGCCAGACUCGCCUGCGAUCGCACUAAAACGUGGAUCCUGGCUGAGUGGGCCUGGGGUGCAGCCUGAAAUUCUGCAUUUCUUUUCUUUACUUUUGUUUUUUUUGGUUUUAAAUUUAUUUACUUAUUUUGAGAGAGAGUGCAUGCAUGUAUGCACAAGCAGGAGAGGGGCAGAGGGAAGGAGAGACAGAAUCCCAAGCAGGCUCCACGCCAUCAACACAGCUCGAUCUGGGGCUCAAACUCAGGAACUGUGAGAUCAUGACCUGAGCCGAGAUCCAGAGUCAGACACUUGUGCCACCCAAGCGCCCCUGAGCGCAUUCUGCGUUCCCGAUCAGCUUCCAAGGGACAGCAGUGCCACUGUUGUGGGCCCACUGCAAGUCACGGAAGUAUGAGGAACUACAGACCGUGUGCUCUGAGGGCAGGUGAGUCUUCUCAGGGGGGAGGCAGCGGCCAGGCUGUCCAUGCUUCCCAAACUCAACAAUUAUCAUUUCUCUCCUGGGGGUCUGUGAGGGGCUGGCAGAAGCAGGAAUGUUCCAGUAACGGCACCCAUUUCACAUGGGAGAAGACGUCACAAGUGCCCCCGCCCUACAAAGGUCGUUGGCGAGGAGAGCGACGUCGUCUUGAGUGGUGCCAAGUAGGCCUACCUGGGGUGGGUUCAGGGGAAAGGUGGGGGAGAAGACGUUGAAAUAGUACAGAAAAUUCCUGUGGAGAUUUGUACUGUAGAGGGGAGAAGGGACAAGAAUAUGGAGUCCAGGAGAGGUUUGUGUUUUGAAGAAAGGAGAGAGCUUUUUUUUUUAAGUUUGUUUAUUUUUGAGAGAGAGUAUGCACGAGUGGGGGAGGGGCAGAGAGCGAGGGAGACAGAAUCUAAAGCAGGCUCCAGGCUCCGAGCUGUCAGCACAGAGCCUGAUGCAGGGCUCGAACCCACGAACCACAAGAUGUGACCUGAGCCAAAGUUGGCCGCUUAACCGACUGAGCCACCCAGAUGCCCCAAAGAAAGGAGAAAGCUUUACAGAUGUGUGUGUGUGUGUGUGUGUGUGUGCGCGUGUGUGUGCAGACUGGAAUGAGCGACCGGGAAGGGAAACCUGGCAACAGGAAGAGACCAGCGUGGAGAGUUUUGCUAGAGCGAUAGCCUCGUAGCCUGGCACACGGCAGAGAGCUGGGUCUCGAGUCCUACGGCAGUGCCACCAUGUCACCACGGUUCCCGGAGGCCGCCAGGGACAGCAGACAGCAACAGCCACUGCCGGGGGCCUCUUCUGGUGGCAACGGUCUGUCUCCCUGGGACUCAUCCGUCAGAGAAGUUAGGUCAGCUCUCAGGGUUAUGUCGGGCCCUGCCUUCCUGAAAUCCACUGGACUUUACAGCGAAAUGGAGUUUGUUUUACAGAGUUGGUUGUCCCCCACAACUAGACCUCAUCCAGGGUCGUGUAGGCUCUCUUGAAGGUCACCGUGUCUCUUAGGAGGCCCCAUGGAACUGUGCACGUUGAAUGCAUUACUUUUCUACCUGAUGUUCCUGGUCCCUCCACUUUUGGUCGGUUGUGGAGAUUUUGUUUCCCUCGGGAACUCCUGGUCUCUGCAUAGUCUGUUUUAAUUUAGUUUCCCUGAGUAUGUCACCUGCUUGCUCCUCUGGCUUUUGAAUACGUGGUCUCCUGGUUUUUCCUAAAAUUGCUCUUUCUACCUAGCAGGUGAACCAGUCCUUUGAGGUCAUUCGCAGGAAUUAGAGCAAGUGAGUGCAGGGGGAUUUUCAAAUCUGCCCCAACUAGUGUGUUUGUUAACUUACACACCCCCGUACAUAAGUCUGUUUUUCUUCCCUGGGAGAUUUGCACAGAAGGGCUGUUUUUGUAGAAUUCAUGCCUCUGGUUUGAUUGGGGAUUUGGGGAUUUAGGGCAAGGCUAAAAGUUAAGGUGGAUGAUACUGUGGGUUGACUUUCUUAAGCCUUAUAAGCCAAGCAUUUGAGGAUUUUCUGCAAACUAAAGGUCAGCAUUCUCUGGCCUUACUCUGUUCAUCUCUGGGAGACACUUGCCUUCGUCUCAGUCCCACGGUUAUUAUGAUUGCAAGAGUCCCUUCAGCAAUAAGUCAGGAAACUGGAGAACCAAACACAGGGUUUAUUAUUUUUAUAGGACCUGGAAAUUGCAUGGUACACCUGGGGCCACCCGGCAAGAUUACAGUGAGAGAGAGAGAGAGAGAGAGAGAGAACCGGGUCUGGGGUUCUGCUUUUUAUUAGGGCGGGAGGGGAUCCCGGGUUAGGCUGGGCUCACUCUUUAUUGAUGAAUUUAAAACAAAAACAGGAAUUUAAAGUCGGAAGAGAAAAAACAAGUAGCCCAAAUGGUCAGUUAUCUAACCCAACCAAGAUCUCUAAAACAGAGGAGCCUGGGGAGCCAGGAGGGGAGAGAGGGGCUGGCGCUUUCACUAGGGGCGGGGCCGGCAAAAUGUUUAUUUGAGAGAGCCAUCUACGAAGCGGAUACCCCAGCCAUCAAAGCGUGUCAGGCACUUACAAAAAAAGAGAAAACCCGACUGACAGGACACCUGUGUCUUCUAAACCAGUUUGUGGUAGUUUUCCGACAGUCCUGGGAACCAGCAUUUUUUACUGGUUCACACCUUAGCAAAGAAAUGGGAAGGCCGCAUAGCACGUAACAUCAGUAACAGAAGAAAAGGAACGGGGGGCUGUUCCAUUAGGUGUUUAAACACGUUUGCCUAAAAUGAUGUCUAUUCGGUGGUGACUUGGGUGUGUCCAGAUGUUUAGUCACAUUGACUCAGCAUUUCUCUCGCUUGCCAAAUCUCAGACUAGAGCAAUCAAUUUGUUCCUGCAACAAAACCUGAUGGUAGGCUUUCCUUGCGACCAAGCCCCACAGAAAGAGGAAAUCCUUGCAACAAAGCUGAAAGGUGUGGAGGCGCCGAGGCUUUCUUGAUCGGAGCCAUUGUGGAAAUUCAACCUGUACAAUUUCCAGAAGUGUCAUUUGUUCUCCAAAACUAGUCAUAGAAAGUUAAUGUGUAUUUUUUUCUUCCUUCCAUCCUUCCUUCCUUCCAUCCUUCCUUCCUUCCUCCCUUUUUUUUCUUUUCUUUUCUCUUUUCUUUUCUUUUCUUUUCUUUCAAGAGAGAGAGAGACAAAGAGCACAGGGGAGAAGGGCAGAGGGAGAGAGAGAGAAAACCUUAAGUGUGGAGCCUGACGCGGGGCUCAAUCCCAUGACCCUGGGAUCAUGACCUGAGCCGAAAUCAAGAGUCAGACGUCUUCCGACUGAGCCACCCAGGGACCCUGAAAGUUAAUUUCUAUUUAACUUUCCUUUUAAGGUCAACUAAAGGUCUCUAAUAUGCAGCUAAACCCAAUUUUGCUGGGGAAACAUGUCUCUGUGAAUCUGCCUGAUUAUGGCCUGCUAUUCCCAUGAGGAUAGAGUACUGGGCUCUUAGUAGACUUGGGUUUAAGUUCCGUUCUGCCACUGACUAGCUGAGAAAGCCACUUUCCCUGCACUGAGUCUCCUUGUCACAUUACAUAUAAUGGCAUCUUAAAACUGUGUAGCGAUUUGAAGUUUGCAAGGAACUCUCCUAGGCAUGAGCUCACUUUGCUGUGCCCACCCUGAGAAGGAGGCAGGACAGACAGGAGGCAGUACCCCUGCAGUCAACAACCCUGAAAACUUUUUAAAAUAAACUCUGCCCAACAUGGGGCUCAAACUCACAACCCGAAGAUCAGUAGUCACGUGCUCUACUGACUGAGCCAGCCAGGCCCCCAAAGGACCCUGCAAAUUCUAGUUAGCCCCUGGAGAAGAACAGGACUUGGGGGAGGUUCCUGAUCCCUUCAUCCUUUUUGAAGCUUCUCCCUGCAAUGUUCUGCUUCUUGGUGUCUCUCCCCUGUGCUCUGAGGCUGAGGUGCUGAACGCAGCCUACGGAAGAGGAGUGCCAGUGGAGGCAGCCUCGGCACAGGGUCUGUUUCACUUUGCCCCCAAAUCAGUGUCUGGAAACUCUCAGGCCCCUGAGUGCCCCCUGGUGGACUCCAGGUGAAGGCCCUCAGUGCAGACAAAAGGGCAGUGCUUUGGGGGGAGCUCCGGCCUCCCCCAGUGUGAAGAGGACAGGCAGUCUGCAAAACAUAAAAAAGCCUAAAACUUGGAAAAAGUAUUAAAAACGUUUCAAGACUCUGGAAAUUGACCAAAGGCAGAUGAAUUAAAAAGCAAUUACUCUUGGGAAAAACUACUAUAACUUCUUCAAGUAAGAGCAGUGGAGGCCCGCAGCCCUCUCCCCUGGGGCUCUCCCCCAUCCCCACUGUCUGUCUGUUGGUAAGGGAAGCCGUUUUACCAGAUCAGGGCUCCACUCUGAAUGGGGCAUACUUGACCAUCUUUGGUUUGGGGUGGAGGGGGAGAGCUGUAGGGUUUUUUGUCAGCUAAAAGUGGCAAACCUGGUGAGGAAUGGGAAAAACCCGAGGCUUGCUAGCCUGAGGUCUCAGUUGGGCAGGAAGCAGACUAGCCAGAAACUUAAUGGGGAGACUCUGAAAGUGAGAGUGCCAUGGGAGGGAGGACGAGGUAAGUGCUCAGCAUGUCCCUGGCUACCAGAAACCUGCAAAUGUGCACGGGAAAUUCUGGAAGCCCAGCCGCAAGCAAAAGCCACAGCAAAGUUGAGGCCUGGGAGAGCUGUGAGCACAGCUCCUGAUGCGUACAGAAACACCGAGGGUGGGGGCCCGAGGGCCUCCAGUGGGUCUGGCAUGACUUUCAAAUCCUCAGCUGGCAGCUAAGUUAGGUAGACACAGGGUAACCAUCAGGAAGCCAAACUAAAAAUGUAAAAGUAAAAAAAUCUGGACAGAGUGUACCAGCAUAUGUGAAAUGGGGGUUCUAGGAGGAGAGGAAAGAAAAGGCAGAAAAAAUAUGUGAAAAAUUAAGGGCUCAAAACUCCCUGAAUGUGUUGAAAGACAUUCAUUUACAGUUCUAACCCUGUGGGCCUCUAGGAUAACCACAGAGGGAUCUGCGCUUAGAUACAUCAUAGUUAACCUAUUGAAAACCAGUUCAAAGGGAUAGUUCUAAAAACAGCAAGAGCAAACCAGCUCACCAUAUAUAGGGGAAUGACAGUAACCAACUACUCAGCAGAAACUAAAAGUCCUAGCCACUGAAAUGAGGUCCUUGAAGUGCUCAAAGAAUUCUCAGCAAGCCAGGAUUUUAUACCCAGCAAAACUAUCUUUCAAAAAAACAGGGGCAAGUUAGAGACAUUCCCAGAUUUAAAGAAAAAAAAAAAAAAAGAA